GCGCGCUUCAUACCUUAUUCGCCAACCUGUUAUUAAAGAAACGAAGAAGACGUAGAGCGGAAGCUACGCCAAAUGUUGUCAUGGCGGCUCACAUGUAAAUCGCCGAGCUUCAGAAAUUGAAUAAAACAUCUUUUUUAAGGAGAUUUGAAGGUUCAAGUAAUCUUAACUGGCCCUCUGACUCCUAGGACAAAAAAAACCAAAAACAUGAGCACUCAAUACAGCAUUCUUUUCAAGCAAGAACACGCACACGAUGAUGCUAUCUGGACAGCGGCGUGGGGUAAAAGUGAGGCUGAUGGGACGGAAACUAUUAUCACUGGCUCACUAGAUGAUAUGGUGAAAGUCUGGAAAUGGUCAGAUGAGAAGCUGGAGCUGCAGUGGACUCUGGAGGGCCACCAGCUGGGUGUGGUGUCAGUAGACAUCAGUCACAACGGAGCCAUCGCCGCCUCUAGUUCCCUCGACGCUCACAUCCGUCUCUGGGACUUAGAGUCCGGAAAACAGAUCAAGUCCAUGGACGCCGGACCAGUUGAUGCAUGGUCAGUUGCCUUCUCCCCAGACUCUAAAUACAUUGCCACAGGUAGCCAUCUAGGCAAGGUCAACAUCUUUGGUGUGGAAAGUGGCAAGAAGGAAUAUUCUCUGGACACUCGAGGAAAAUUCAUCCUGAGUAUAGCUUACAGCCCUGAUGGAAAAUAUUUGGCCAGCGGAGCUAUCGAUGGAAUCAUCAAUAUCUUUGACAUAGCCACUGGAAAGCUACUCCACACACUGGAAGGUCACGCCAUGCCCAUCAGAUCCCUCACUUUCUCCCCCGACUCCCAGCUUCUGGUCACAGCCUCUGACGACGGCUACAUCAAAAUAUAUGACGUGCAACAUGUGACAGCCAACCUGGCUGGCACACUGAGUGGACAUGGAUCCUGGGUUCUUAAUGUCGCCUUCUCCCCAGAUAACACCCACUUUGUCUCAAGCUCGUCUGACAAGAGUGUGAAGGUUUGGGACGCCAGCUCCAGAGCAUGCAUCAACACCUUCUUCGACCACCAAGACCAGGUGUGGAGUGUAAAAUACAACAGCACCGGCUCAAAAAUCAUCUCGGCUGGAGACGACCGCGCCAUCCACAUCUACGACUGUCCCAUGUGAUGGUCGAAAGGAGGACAGGAUCCUCCAGAGCUGUUUACUCAAAUCAUGCAGGUUGUUAAUUGGGGAGGGAGGGAAGGGUCAAACUGUA